AUGGACCCCACCGCGCUGGACCCGAACAGCCCUGCUGCCCGUUCAGCAACCCCAUCUACAACCUUGGACGAAAAACCCACCCAGCAGCCGUCCCUGGCGUCAUCCGAUUCGCUGCAGAGCACACAAGUACUGGCUGCAGAUCAACUGCAGGAAAAGGACCCGUAUGUGGCCGACAGCAGCGGCAGCGCUCCAUUAGAGCCAGUGCGGUCCGCACACCCAAGUGUUCGCGAUCCUUCUGCCAUUCCCGACGGAGGACUAUGGGCCUGGCUACAGGUCCUUGGUAGCUUCUUUCUGCUCGUCAACUCAUGGGGCAUCAUCAACACGUUUGGCUCCUACCAAGCCUACUACGAGACGACUCUUCUCAAAGACUCGAGUUCCUCGUCCAUCUCCUGGAUAGGCUCCAUCCAGGCCUUUCUCCUCAUGGAAGUGGGCGCCUUGACCGGCCCCAUUUACGACGCUGGCUAUUUCCGUGAACUCCUCAUCGCCGGCAGUUUCCUGCUGGUUCUAGGCCAAAUGAUGCUAAGUCUCUGCCACACGUAUUGGCAGGUUCUGCUCGCCCAAGCCUUCUGCAUCGGCCUCGGCACAGGCUGUCUUUUCGUCCCUAGCGUUGCCAUCCUCUCUACUUACUUCUCCACGCGCAUCGGCACUGCUAUCGGCAUAGCGGUGUCUGGCUCUUCCUUUGGCGGCGUCAUCUAUCCCAUUGUGUUCCAUAAGCUUCUCCCGCAGAUUGGCUUCGCCUGGACUACCCGCGUCCUCGGCUUCCUCGUCCUCGGCACCAUGGUCAUUCCCAACCUGUGCAUGCGUGUGCGUGUGCUACCGGCCAAGUCGCGCUCGCUGCUCGAUCUAAAGGCUUUCCUUAUCCCCGCGUACAGUUUGCAGGUUGCGGGCUUCUUUGUGGGCUUUAUGGGACUGUAUAUGCCUUUCUUCUUUGCCCAGGUCUACGCUCUGCAGCAACAUAUCACAAAUGACCAGUUGGCAUUUUAUCUACUACCCAUCAUGAAUAGUACGAGUCUGUUUGGACGUAUAGUGCCCAACUUGCUCUCUGACAAACUCGGUCCCUUCAACGUCAUCGUCCCCUGUGGACUCAUCUCGUGCGUUCUUUGUUUCUGCUUCAUGGCCGUGUCCUCGCCAUCAGGCAUCAUCGUCCUCAUGGCCUUUUACGGUUUCUUCUCUGGCUCCUUUGUUAGUCUCCCGCCCACCAUUGUCGUCUUUUUGAGCAAAGAUGCGCGGGACAAGAUUGGAACAAGACUCGGCCAGAGUUUCGGUAUCGUUGCCAUUGGCCUCCUUAUCGGCGCGCCCAUUGGUGGUGCUAUCCAGGGGCAUCGUGGCUUCGACAGUUUGUGGAUUUACGGGGGUUGUUUGCUGUUUGCCGGUGCCGUGUUGCUGUUCUGUGCGCGUGUGACUCUCAGAGGUUGGAGCGUCAUGGCCAAGGCCUGA